GUAGGUGUAUACUGUACUCUUGUUUAAUUUACAAGAUUUGAUUUGAUCAUACGAUAAAGCGGAGAUUCGAACUUCUUCGAAAUAGGGUUAAGAUGUUCAAAUAGGGUCCUGCAAGAUGGAUAAUCCAUCCAGCCAUCGGCCCGCGAUGCACCGUCUCUCUCUCGCCCUUCGAAGCAAAUGGAAGUCCUGCGUCGUCGCCACUCCUGUCUCGACCUCGGAAUCUCUCCGCCUUCACAAAGCUCGAAGCUUUCGAUCGAGCGCGUCGUUGGACGCCCUCCAAGCCCACGCCCGAGCGGCCGGAGAAAGAGAAAACCCCAACUCCUACCUCGUCCUGUAUGACUACCCCUCCUUCUCCGGCGCCUUCGCCGCUCUCUUCGCCCACCUCUACCUCUCCCGCCGCCUCCUUCCCUUCCUCGUCCUCCCCUUCUCCUCUGUCGAGCCUUUUCGGGUAGAGGAUUUCAAUGUAGGAGGUGUGGAUACAUGCUAUCUUCUCAAUUUCAUCGGCCCGAAGGGCUUUGCUAUUGAGCUCUCUCGAAUCAUACCUCGGGUGAUAGCAUUUGACCACCGCAAGUCUACAAUGGCAAGAAUUUCGCAAUUUCGAGAAUGCCCGGAAAAUCUCGAGCUGCGCAUUUAUACCAGCAAGUGCAGUGCUCGUGCUGUCUAUGAUUUCUUCUCGGAGAAGCUCUCCGAAAUGAAUUCUUCGUCGGGUGAUUCUGUGAGUCUAUUGAACCAGGAAGAUGAAGAUCGUGUUGCAACAGUACUAAGGUAUUUGGAGGAUACAGAUCUUCGCCGGUGGGAAUUGCCUGAUAUCAAGGCAUUUAAUAUUGGAAUCAAAGAUGAGCGUGCAAAGUUGAAUUGCGUUACCAAUCCUCAUGUUUUUAAACAGCUUCUGGAAAUUGAUGCUGGUGAUAUGAUUGCCAAGGGUUAUUCCUAUACUUGUGCUCGUCAAGAUGAUGCAAACAAGUUGUUGGAUAAGGCCUUCAAGAUUUGGUUAGGGAGAGGUUUAUAUGGCGAGUGCCUGGCAAUCCGGGCUGAUGGCAAUUCAGAUUUGAGCCAUGAAAUUGGUGUCGAACUCAGUAGAAGGAGUAAGGCUGCUGGUUUACGGCCCAUAGGAGCAGUUGUGUUCAUGCAACGGAGUAAUCUAAAAAUGUGCUUGAGGAGCACAGACAGAUCCACUGACACCUCAGAGAUUGCCAAGGUAUGUCAGUCUGAAGCUGUUCCAUUGAUCAUUAGGUCUGUUCAACAUACUGUACCAGUCCAAACUAACGAACCAUUGGCUGAAAUGGAGUGUCUACGGUCCUUCAAAUGGAUUUUCAGCAAAGGUGAAAACAAGACAGUGAAACAGGCCAUGGAGAAAGGUGCGGCAGCUGACAAGGUUCUAGAAUCUGCAUGUCUGAGAUCCCGAGAGCAGCAUCCAAACUGCUGAGUCAAGUCAUUAUUAAAUAUGACCAGCUUUAGCUUGUGGGGCUUGCUGGGUGGAAGGUAACUAAGGACUGCAUAAACUGCAAUUGAUUGCUUUGGUGUAGGACUUGUUCACGGUAUGCUGAUAUGACCAUCAUACAUGGCAAAUUAUCAUAGCUCAGGUUUGGGGACUUUUGUGAUUCAUAGUUGUAAUCACUAAUAGAUGAAGCUCGAGUAGUUUUCACAAAGGAUGUUCUAUAUGAAGGAAAGCCUUAUGGUGGGAAUGCUUUUUGGUGUUUUGAGGAUUAUUGAUGUAAAUCAUUGCUAUUGUUGAAGUUUUAAUGCAUGUAAAAAUUGUUGAGCAGAUCAGGUUGCCUAUUACCUGUAGAUUCUGGAAUCCCCAGGUAUUGGAAUAUGGGGAAGUAGGGGAUCUGGAUUCUGGAGACUAAUGUGUAUCAGGUCCAUGUUAGCAUGCUGCAAAGUACACUGAAUCCUAGAUUUGACUCUUUAAGAGUAUGGGAUUUCUCAUCAUCUUGGUAACUUGGAAAUUACCA